AUGGCGGCGGCGGGAGGCUCGGCUCGCUCGGCUCGCUCGCUCGCUCGGCGCUCGGCCCGUCGGCGCCCGCGCCCGCUGCGGCCUCCACAGGAAGUGCCCGGCGGCCGGCCUCGCUCCUCGUCCGCGGCUCCAGCGGCUGCCACGGGCCGCGCGCCGCCCGCCGCCGCCCCGCCCGCCGCGCUUGAGGCUCCGCCCGCCGCGCUCCGACCCCGCCCGCCGGCCCCGCCCGCCCCGCCCCGCCUGGCCCCGCCCGCCGCGCUCGCAGGCCCCGCCCACCCUCCGCAGGCCCCGCCCAUGGCGCGCUCCGCGGCCGCCAGGCCCCAGGGCCAUGCGCUGGAGGGCUGGGGACGCGCCCCCAGCGCCCUGCGGAGGGAGGAGAGGCUGGGAGUCUCCCCUGGAGACACUAUGGAGAAGUACCAGAUUUUGGGCCGGAUGAGUCCUGGGGCCUUGGGAGUGAACCUGGUGGUGGAGGAAAGAAAAAACAACGUCAAGGUCAAGCUCGUGAUCAAGCAGGUGGAAUGUAUCGAUGAGCAUCAGGCCAAUGAGGCCCUGGAGGAGCUGAUGCCGCUGCUGAAGCUCCAGCACGCCCACAUCUCCAGCUACCAGGAGCUCUUCCUCAUAUGGAACAGUGAGAUUUCCUCUCUGUUCCUCUGCCUGGUGAUGGAGUAUAACGAGGGAAGCUUCCAGAAGAUCAUCGAGAAGAAGAGGGAGACAAAGAUGAUCAUCGACUGUGAAUGGAUGCAGAACGUGCUGGGCCAGGUUCUGGACGCUCUGGAGUAUCUGCACCAGCGGGACAUCCUCCACAGGAACCUGAAACCCUCCAACAUAGCCCUCGUCAGCGACAGCCAUUGCAAGUUACAGGACCUGAGCUCCCACGCACUGAUGACGGACAGACCCAAGUGGAACAUCCGCGCGGAGGAAGACCCUUUCCAGAAGUCCUGGAUGGCCCCUGAAGCCCUCAACUUCUCCUUCAGCCCCAAGUCGGAUGUCUGGUCUCUGGGCUGCAUCAUUCUGGACAUGCUCAGCUGCUCCUUCAUAAACAGAACAGAAGCCAUGCAUCUGCGAAAGUCCCUCCGGCGUGACCCAGACAGGCUGGGGGGCGUCCUGCAGACCCUGGAGGAGAAGAAGAUCCCCAAUGUGAGAAGCUUCUGUUCUCUCCUGCCUUUAAUGCUGCAGAUCGAGCCCUCAGAGCGAGUGACAAUCAGGGAUGUGAUCAUCACCUUCGUGAGCCACCACUUCCAGUCCUCCAGUGUCGCUCUGGCCCUGCACCAGCAGGUGGUCCCUCCCUUCAUCACUGACCUGCUGCUGGAAAGUAACAUCGCCAGCAUUUUAGAGGUCAUGCAGAGCUACUCCAGCAGACCUGAAGUCCAGCUCCAAGCCAUGAAGAGGCUCAUAAGAAUGCCUGCAGAUGAGCUAGGUCUGCCGUGGCCGAUGGAGCUGGUAGAGCUUCUGGUCGCCAUCAUGAAGCAACACGAGCGGAUCCUCGACGUGCAGCUGUGCGCCUGUUCGCUGCUGCUGCGCAGCCUGGGUCUAGCGCUGGUGCAGGACCGGGCCGCCGAGGUGCUGAGGGGCAGCUCCGUCACCCCCGUGCUGCUGAGCAGCCUGUGGGCCCACCCCGAGUCGGAGCCGCUCCUGGUCAUGGUCUACAGCCUGCUCACCAUCAUCGCCAGCCAGGAAUCAGCCUCAGAGAAGCUACAGAAGGCUGGGCUGUUCAAGCACAUCCUGGAGCACCUGAGCACCUUCUCCACCAACAGGGACAUCUGCAUCAAUGGCCUGAGCCUGCUCUGGGCCCUGAUGGUGGACGCGGUCAUUGUGAACAAGACCCCUUUGGAGAAAGCCCCCGUCCUCCUCAUCAAGGUGCUGGCCUCCUACCCCGGGGACGCAGAGAUGGCGGAAGCUGGCUGUGCGGUCUUCUGGCUGCUGUCUUUGCUGGGUUGCAUCAAGGAGGACCAGUUUGAAGAUGUGGCAGCCCUGUUCCUGCGAAGCAUCCGGCUGUGCCAGGACAGAGUCCUGCUCGUGAACAACGCCUACCGGGGGCUGGCCAGCCUCGCGAAGGUGUCUGAGCUGGCGGCCCUGCAAGUGGUCGUGCCAGAGGAGGGCGGCAGUGGCCUCGACCUCCUCCAGGAGACGUACCAGCUCUACAAGGACGACCCCGAGGUGGUGGAGAACAUCUGCAUGCUGCUGGUCCACCUGGCUGCCUACGAGGAUAUCGUGCCAGAGCUGGUGUCCAGUGGCCUCCGGCCCCUGGUCAAGGACAUCAAGGAGCGCUUCACCUCCAGCCUAGUGAGUGUUCGCAGGCCCCAACCAGGCCUCCCACCUGCCUCUCCAGUCAGAUGCCGGUGGCCCCGAGUCCAGGGGCCCAGACUCAAAUCUCCAUGUGUAUGGUUUCUGAUGGCUCUUCUAUCUCCAGGAGCUGGUUUCAUACGCAGAGACGGUGUCCCUAAGGCUGGAGGCCGUCACGCCACUCAGCUCUGCGCGAGGACAGUCGGCUCUGCCCUGAGGCAGAUGCCCCAAGCCCCCACCCCCACCCCCCCUCUCCUGCCCUUUCCUUGUAUGUCCCCAGAGCUGCCCGCUGACUGGAGUCCUCCUGAGGCCUGGGGGGGAAUGUCCACCUCAGUCCUCCGCAGGGUGAGGCCCAAGGCCAGUGCCUGGCGUGGAAGCGUCCCGGGGGCAGUGCUCUGGGGGCCUGGCUCGGCAGGCGUCACGCAGGCCACGGUGCUGGCCUGGUCAAUGCGGCGGCUGGACGCAGCCAUCCUCAAGGGCAACAAAGUAACCUCCAGAAGCUCCGCCUCCAGUAAAAACCUGUAUUCGUGUUCAGUACCCUCUGUGGGCUUGGGUCUUCCUCGGGCAGCAGUCAGGCGGCUUGGUCAAGUCUGGUGCUUUGGGCACUCAGUGCAACCCCCAGCUCCCGGCCACUCUCACUCCUGGGCCAAACCCACACGAGGCUCCAGUCCAACAGCCGGGGCUCAGCACGUCCGUCUCAGAAGGGGAGAGGCCCCGACUUCUGGGAGUGACCGCCGUCGCCGAGCUCAGACAACCUGA